UCGUUUUGAUUACAGUAGUCAAGGAAACCCGCUUUCGCUCCUGCUUUGAUGAUUGUUUUAUGUCAGUGUGACAAAGCGCAUUGAAAGUAAACAAAAGUGCGUGAGAUUUGCUUAUGAAUGGCCUUAGCAACAGCAACGAUCUCCACGAUUUGAUGUUGAUUGCGGGUUACAUUUAGUGGAUGUAAGUUACUCUGCUCUUCAUUGACCAACCUAUGAUGUCAAGCUGGAUGUAAUCAGACAUACAAGGUUGAUCUACUAUGGGCUGUGCUCCCUCGAAAAAUUCUAAUCAGGUUGUUGUGAAUUCUCACUCUAGACCACAGCCAAGACAAGAGGAGAAACAAUUAUUGCUGCAGUCAUCGCCUAACAAGUCUGCGGCGAAUACAGAUACUACCGAUUUUAACCAGAAUUCGGACACAGAUAACGUAAGAUCAGGAGCAGUGCAAGAAAUCAAACAGGAUCAUCGAAAGGAAGUUACAGAUAGGCCGGCGGAAUCAUCAGUCCAAAAGUCGAGUCCAGUAAAGAAAACAAGUGAAAAGUCUGCGGAUAUCCAAAAGAUAUCAUACGAAAAAGCAUCCCAACUGCUACCUCAGAAUCCAGAUGAAAUGUGGGCAAUAGUUAAAGGAACCAGUGACAAAGUUGGAAUUCAUAUUGAACCAUUAAAAAAUCGCAAAGGAUGGAGAACUAUUCGAAUUUUCGUGUCGUCAACUUUUAAAGAUUUUCACCAAGAAAGAGAAGUUCUCGUGAAAGAGGUGUUCCCAGAUUUGAGGUUGUGGUGUGAACAAAGAAAACUAAGAUUGGUAGAAUGCGAUUUGCGUUGGGGGGUUCCGAAAGAUGCUACAACAGAAGAAACGAUAAAGAUUUGCCUGAGCGAGCUUGACCGUUGUUAUGAGGACAACACAGCACCAUUUUUUCUUAAUUUAGCUGGGGACCGCUCUGGCUGGAUUCCAACGAUUGAUGAUUUGAGCCGCAAUUUAGCUGCUCAAUAUGGAUGGGUUUACGGCCUCUCUGUAACGGAGAUGGAGAUUGUCCACGGGGCAUUUCGUAAAUUGAAUCCAAAUGCUUUAUUCAUGUUUCGCAAGACCAUCAACGAUCUCCCUGAAACGGUCAAAGAAGAUUUCAUUGAUACUGAUCCAAAAUGCGUCCAGAAAGUAAAAACCCUAAAACAUGUGAUCCAAUCACAAUUUCCUGAAAGUCGCAUAUACAAUUAUGACGUGAAGAGUGUACGAAAUAAAGGAGAUGUUCUGGAAUUUUGUGGCCUAAACGAUUCACGAACUGGCUUUGGUCAAAAGGCUUAUGAUUUUUUUCUACAAAGAAUUGAAGAACUCUAUCCUCUUGAUCCAAGUCCAGAAGAUCCUUUGCAGGUUCAAAGGGAGGCACAUGAGACAUUCCUUGAUAGCAGAUCGCAAUGCGUAUUGGGAAGAGAUGGGAUUUUGGAGCAGAUGCACAGUUACGUAACAUCCCCUGCCGCUCCUGCUGCUCCACUGCUGAUCAUUGGUACUGCGGGCGCUGGCAAAUCCGCCGUAAUGGCCAAGGCUGCUGCUGAUGCUGUGAGACUAGCAAAAGAAAACAAGAUUCCACUAUCAAAUGGUUACAAAAAGUGUCGAGUAUUCUUUCACUUUGUUGGUGCCACCCCUGGAUCUACAGAUCUGGCAUUUUUCCUUCAAAGACUCACAAAGGAAGUCAAACCUGAUCUUAAAGACAUUGUCAGUGAUUUGGAGUCUCUCAUUCAACUCAGUGGCAGCUUGCUGUCAAAUCCGAACACGGAACCUGUGAUAUUGUUCAUUGAUGCUGUCAAUCAGCUGGAUGAAGACAAACAGCAUUUCUUAAAUCGAUGGCUCCCGGAGACCCUUGCUAAGAACGUCAAAGUUGUCGUUUCUAUGAUAGAAGGAACCCCAACCCAUCGUAUGAUGAGAGCUUAUAAAACCAAUCCCAAAGAAAUCAUUUGUGGUCCUCUUGAUCUGACUUCAAGACAGGCCAUCGUAGAGAACAUUCUUUCACAGUACAACAAACGCUUAGAUCAACAGCAAAUGGACACCCUUCUGCACAAAGAAGGUUCCUCCAAUCCAUUGUGGUUGACCCUUGCUUGCGAAGAGCUUCGUGUAUUUGGCAAAUUCGAAGAAUUGCUGGAGAAAAUUCACAGUUUACCAAAUGAUCUCAUCAGCCUUGAGAUCGAUGUAUUUUCUCGAUUUGAAGAAGAGGCUGGUGGCCAGCUUAUGAUAGCCACGCUGUGUUUGCUUGAGGUAUCUCGUCACGGACUUCUGGAAACAGAACUGCUUGCAUUGUUGGGUGACAAGAACAAUCUGAAGCCGCCCGAGUAUGUGGAAGGCGAGGAAGCAGGUAUUGUUGCAAAGACAGAGGAUAUGGUGCAGAGUGACGUCACAGUUGGUAUUGAGAAAGAUGAUGUUGAGAAACUGACGGAACAGUUUGCUAAGUUGGUGAAUGAUGCCUAUGUUGUGAAGGAUGAUGACGAUAAGAAUGACAAAGAUGAAAAUAAAAACAAAAGAAAGAAAGGAAAGCAGAUUCAAUUCUUGCCAGCCAGGGAAUGGGCUAUUAUUUAUCGAAAUUUAAAGCAACUGCUUAGGCCCUGUGGUGAUCUAGGGGAGGGUCGGCUUGAUUUCUAUCACCGAUCAUUGAGCAAAGCAGUUAGAAGAAAGUACUUCACAGGCACUGAUGAAUACAAUAAACAUGUCUACAAUUAUUGGCAUGGUGUCCUUGCCGGCUAUUUCGAACAUGUUGAUGAUAUGGACCGUAAGGCAGAGGAAUUGCCAUAUCACUUGGAACAGUUGCUCGACAACAACAGAUUGAUUCGAUGUUUGUUAGAAUGGCCUGUUUUCAACCGACUGUUCUCUGAAGAUUUCAGUAUCGAUCUUCUUCAUUCUUGGAGAAAAGCUGGAGGAUACAGUGUUGCAUCAGCUCUGUAUAAAGAGUCGUGCAAAGUAUUAAAAAGAUCGGGGAUAUCUUUGAUUGAUUAUGGAGAUCAACUUGAGAAGGUCGUCAUGUUUCUGAUUCAGGCGGGUCAAUACGAGGAUGCAUACACAAUGUUGGAAGAGAGACUAGAGAUCGAGGAAGAACAGCUUGGUAAACGUGGUGAUGAGCUUGCUGAUAUUUACCAACUAAUGGGCAAAUGCAAGAGUGAGGUUGUGAAAAAUUACAAUUUCGUGACAAGAGAUCAGUUAGAGGAAGACAAAGAAGUUGUGGAAUUUUGUAUGAAAAGUUUGGAAUACCGGAAAAAAAUGAGGGGAGAAGAACACGAGUUCAAAGCUGCAAUGACCAAUGUCCUAGUCGCCCAUCAUCUCAGUAUAAUAGCAGAUUUGGAGCCAUCGAAGGGGGCUCAGCAUCGUCAACAGGCAUUUAAAGCAGUUGAUGAGGCCAUUGCAACCUUUGAAAAGAUUGGGGAUAUCGGACAUCUUGCUGAAGCAAUCAUGACAAAAUCAUUUGUCAAUCCACGUAGCACAAGAUUUUUUAGUGAAAAGAAAGUGCAACUAGAGAAAUCCAGCGAGUUGUGCAUGAAGGCGUACGGUGAAAAACAUCUAUUGGCCUGCAGGCUAUAUCUAAACAUUGGCAUUCUUUAUGAAGAUAAUCGUGAUUUCGAGAUGGCCUAUGAUUAUUUCGUUAAGUGGAACGAAUGCUGCCUCGUGGUGCUUGGUGCUGACCAUCCAAAAAGCAUCAGAGCAAAGGACACCCUUGCUGAGCCAACAUACAUCCGAAUCAGACAGGCUAGAGAGAAAAUUGCAGCUGGAAGCGCUUAAAAAUCAUCCGGAUACAGAAAUUGAUUAUUUUUUUAACCCAUCGUUUACACCGCAUCACAUGUGAAUACCUGUUUUAAGAUUUUCGGUAAAUAAGAGGAUUCCCACCAACUAUGGAACCAGCCAAGCGCCCCAUGCAAUCCCCGCAUCACAUGUUAAUGCAUGCAGCAUAAUUACCCUUUUUGGUAAAUAAGGGGUUUCUCAAGAAAGUUGCCUCAUCAGAGAAAUUGGCGAAGAAGGUUAGCUUCUCCAAUCAGAGGGCUAGUCUGUGAUCUGUAUAUUUCAAAGUCCACAAAACUUGCACAGUGCACAGCACAGCAACAGAACAAAUUUUCCUGCUUAAGAAAUUACCCAAUAUAUUGUUGUUUCCUUGUUAAAGGUCUAAAUGUCCCUGAUUGAUGGGUUGCUAUAAAGACCUUUCUGUUCCUCACUCUGGCAACUCCCCGCUCCUUUUCUAAUUACGUCCUCCCUGAUUUAAAGAGAAAAGGUCAGGAGAGAGGAAGACAGUUUUAUUCCUAUAUUGUUUCCUGGCCGCCUUCUUGAGCACUGAAUAAAGAAGUCCCUUAAGUAUGUAAUUGCAAGAUGUGUGUUUCCAAGGGCCCUUGUGUCAUGAAUGUAGCAACCCAGCUUGUACUUGCGGUGUACCCCUUUUUAGAUAACUUCAUAGCGGCAGCUAGGGGGUAGAAUAUUUAUCCUAAUUAUGAUUUUAUUUUUAAAAGUCAACCAUUAUUUAAAGUAUCACUGUAUUUGUUUUAUUUCAUUAACAAGCAAUAAUAUUUUGAAUUUACUCAAUUUUUUACAAAUUUCCAAACAUUUUGAUUUUUGUCUUUGUUAAGCGUAAAGUAACACGUAAUGGCCUAGGGUUUCCUAAGCAAUUCGGUAGUGCAUUGCCUCUUUCAUUGGAGCCAAUUAGAUGCGAUAAGCACCGUUAGUAUCCAGUUUAUAAUAUCAAAGUCUCAAAGGGAGGCUUUUUUGAGAGGGGAGGUAUCAGAACCACUGAUCAGAACCUGCACACCCGGGGGACUGUUUGGAUACAAUCGUGAACCCGGACUAAAUUUGGAAAAAUACAAUAUUCAAACCCGGAAUCGUGCCUGUUUUCCGGAAAGUACCCGAAACCCGGGAACUAAAAUUAGCCAAACCUGCACCCCUCCCCCCCCCCCCGCGUAAGAUCCCAAAGCCCGUCUUUUUCAUUCGUAAGAAAUUUCAUUGCUUGUGAGCCUGUUCUCUUGAAAAUUAGUUGGGACUGUAAUAAAGUAUAAUCGAGUAAGUUGCAAAAGCUCUUUUAGAACUCUCUUCCAUGCGGAAGUCAGAUAGUAAGAACACAGAAGUCAGAUAGUAAGAACACAGUCCCCACUAUGGCAUGCUACCAGUAGACCUCAUAGAGUUCCUGUAAUUCAUAGAAGCUUUUAGUAUGUCUCCAGUUUUAUUAAAGAAAUGAUGUCAGCGCUUUCGCUUCUGUCUAGCAAUUGCUUCUUUUCUAUGAGGAAUUUUGUGUUUUAUCUUGUAAAUAGGUUUUGCUACCCCCAAUCUCGUAAUACAUUUGUUUAUAAAGUGUGAUACUAAACACUUUAAUUGGGAUAAUAUGACAGAAAAUAGCUUGAAAA